AAAUUCAAUAAUGAAAAACUUAUAGCAAUUUGCAACAUUUCUCAAUUUGGACACUUUUGGACAUUUCGGAUGUCCGGACAACUCGGUGUCAAAAACCGGUUUUCAACGGCUGUUUUGAACGAUGGUUAAAACCACAACGAAACCCUGCCCAAACCUAAAAAAAGUGCAUGUGAGCCAGCACAUAGCCCAAAUUUUCAUUUCAAUUUCAUUUGUGAGUGUACUGAAACAUUAAAAAUCAAAUCAUGACCCAGUAAUUGAGUUGGAGAUGCCACGCCACGGGCCAGAGAAUUUGUAUUAUUAUUACGCCCAACGUACUUACGUAUAGGACCAAGUGCCAUUUAUUUAAUAGAGAUGAUCCUUCCUAAUAAUUCAUAUAAUUUAACCCGUAACCAAGGACGAGGCAAGUUUUCGUUACGAUUUUUCGUGAAUUGACGCUUCACAGAUGUAUUUAUGUAACGCCGGAAGGCAAAUAAAACUGCCUGCUGCUGAUAAGUACUUGACGAAUAUAGUCAAUUUUUAUUUUAAUUUUAUUCCAUACUAAUUAAUUCUGACUGAUAUGUACUCUAAUUCAAUAAUCGGGCGGGAUAAUGCCACUCCCACGAAUAAUAACAACGCCAGCGAAGGAAACCCAUGCCCACCCUCCGACGACCCGGCCACCCUGAUUCACACGAGUUUCGCCAAAGUCUACACAAUGACGAUUUCCCCCACGCCGAAAACGUGGACCCCCGCGACCCAGUACGCCGUCCCGGUCUCCUUCUAUUUCGACAAGCAGAGGAACGUGUACCGCAUCCUGAGCUAUGACGGGGAACGUCUCAUCAUCAAUAGCACCAUCGUGCCUUCAAUGUCGUUCAACAAGCCGAGUUCCGCCUUCGGUUUGUGGAGUGAUACAAAGUUGAGGAUAAUUUUUGGGUUGGGGUUUCCCUCUCAAGGGGCACGAGAUUUGGCGGGCGACUGGUUUGAUAAGCUGGUGAAAGCAGCCACGAAUCUGGAACAGUCGAGUAGAAACCUUACCUUACCCCCACCGGAAACUGGGAUGAAUAAUUUGCCAUUCAGUGCAGCUACAAGUGUUAAUCACUGGAUAACCGAUGACGAAUCCGCCCUCGACAUAUCCUCCACCAUCCCUCCCGCACCACCCAGGGUCACCUCCCCCAGCCAAGCCUUAUCCUGCCCCCCUCACCAAUUCUCCGAGGAAUACACCCCCGACACGGAUCGCGUCGUGAUCGCGGUCGGCGGCGCAAUUCGCGAACAAUCCAUUAAAAGUUUGCAACAAGAAGAAGAACUGGAACGCAAAUUGGUCGCGGUGGAGAAGGAAUUGUCCGAACUUAAAGUCCUUUUCGCCUCCGUGCAAGAAAACCUCGGUAAAAAAAUCAAGGAAGCCGAAAAAUUAAGGGAGCUCGUGAAUUCUGCAAAAGAAGAGUUGCAAGUGCAAAUUAAUCGGGCUGAGAUAGCGGAAAAGUUGCAUAAAGAAGAGAAGCAGCGAAUGGACGCCAUGCAAGGAAAGAUAGAACAGCUCAAAGCCAUCAUUUCCCAGCAAACCGGAAGCAUCGCGGAGCUGCAAGAGGGGAAAAGGGUGAGCGAACAAGAGAACAAGAUUUUGAGAGAAAGUCUCAAUAAUCGCUUCAAUGUGGAGGAGGCUGAUAAAGAUUUGAGUAAUUUGGAAAGUAUGUGUAGAGAAAUUUCCGAGAAGAUGGGGGAAGUUCUCAAAAUUCAGGAAAGAUUGAAAAAUAAUCUGGCAGGGGCAAAGCAGCAGCUAUGAAAAUGUUUUAAAGAGCAUGAUGAUGUUUGGUAAUCUAACUUAUCAAUGGUAAAAUAUGAAAGAAUAAUUGAUGCUAUGAGUGAUUUUUAAUAAACAUUUUGUCACAUUUUAUUGAAUGAAUAUGCAAAUUUUCGUGUAACUUAACGCAUACGGGUCUUACAUUUGAAUUUUUGCGUCUCAACUUUCCCUUCUUCAAUAUAUUCCAAUUUU